AUGUCUUACUUUUCUGGAAAUGGUUCAUUUCUUAAUUCUUAUCUUAUUCAAAAACUGUUAUCAAAUGAAAUCUAUGUGCUCAUAUCAAUUUAUCUAUCUGCUCAUAUCUAUUUAUAUUAUCUGAUCACAUCUAUCUAUCUAUCUAUCUAUCUAUCUAUCUAUUUGCUCAUAUCUAUUUAUCUAUCUCUAUCUGCUCAUAUCGAUUUAUAUUAUCUGAUCACAUCUAUCUAUCUAUCUAUCUAUUUGCUCAUAUCUAUUUAUCUAUCUGCUCAUAUCUUCCUAUCUAUCAAUCUGCUCAUAUAUAUCUGCUCAUAUCUAUUUGCUCAUAUCUAUCUAUCUAUCUAUCUAUCUAUCUAUCUAUCUAUCUAUCUAUCUAUCUGUUCAUAUCUUCCUAUCUAUCUAUCUGCUCAUAUCUAUUUAUCUAUCUGCUCAUAUCUAUCUGCUCAUAUCUAUUUAUCUAUCUGUUCAUAUCUAUCUAUCUAUCUAUCUGCUCAUAUCUAUUUAGCUAUCUGCUCAUAUCUUCCUAUCUAUCUGCUCAUAUCUAUUUAUAUUAACUCAUAUCAUCUAUCUAUCUAUCUAUCUACUUACCUACCUAUCAAUCUAUCUGCUCAUAUCUUCCUAUCUAUCUAUCUGCUCAUAUCUAUUUAUCUAUCUGUUCAUAUCUAUCUAUCUAUCUAUCUAUCUAUCUAUCUAUCUAUCUAUCUAUCUUCUAUCUAUCUAUCUAUCUAUCUAUUGCUCAUAUCUAUUUAUCUAUCUGCUCUAUCUAUCUUCUAUCUAUCUAUCUAUCUAUCUGCUCAUAUCUAUCUGCUCAUAUCUAUCUAUCUAUCUAUCUAUCUAUCUAUCUAUCUAUCUAUCUAUCUAUCUGCUCAUAUCUUCCUACCUAUCUAUCUGCUCAUAUCUAUUUAUCUAUCUGCUCAUAUCUUCCUUUCUAUCUAUCUGCUCAUAUCAAUCUAUCUAUUUGCCACUCAAACGUCAAUCAUGUUAAUAACGAUGUAUUUUCUGAACGCGAAUGAAUUGAUUUUAUCAAUUUGA